AUGAAACAAAGCGAUCCAUCCGCCAGUGACAAAUUGACGACUGGCUCCGAAGCCCAAAAGGAUUGGACAACAUGGAUCCAGGAGGAGUCAUGGCGUCGCGCCGCAUUCUUCGCCCUUUGCAUGGAUGCACAACAUGCAUGCCUUUUUGGACACAGUCCAGUGCUCUCUGUCAGCGACAUGAGGAUGUCAUUACCAUGCAAAGAAGCAUUAUGGGAAUGUUCAACUCCACAAGCAUGGAGCCAAAUGCUGCAAUCUGGCAAUUUGAAACACCCUGUGGAUUUUCUCUCAACGCUGAGAGUUAUACUGAAAGAAUCCAUCAUGCCGAGUGCUUAUAGCGAGUAUGCCAGAUUCAUCAUAUUACAUGGGCUAAUCUGCCUUCAAGCUCAUUUACAAAGGACGCCACCAUUAACACUCGGUAUCGAACAUUCCGAGUCCGGUUCAACUGGGGAAGGCGAAGGAAACCAAGAAUCUGCGCCCGAAAAAAUUCCAUCUUGGAAGAAUGAGAUGAGCCGGGCUUUGAGCGCCUGGUCAAACUGUCUCCUCGCAUUGCAACCAUCGCUUUGCCUUAUCGCAGCGGGCCCACUGUAUCGGAUGGCUCAAAUUACUUUGCAUGUCAAAGUGACCGAUUUACUCACACUAGCGAAGGAGUACAACCAUGUGGCCGGUCUUCAGACAAGUGAAAACUACACACAGGCAAGAGCUCGCUUGUAUGCAUGGGCAUCGAGUGAUUCAGCGCGCGAAGCAGUUAGAUUCUCACUAUUACUUGUGCGCGAAACCAUGUUCGCCGGUCAGCCGUAUCGAGCUCAGGAAGAUCGUAUCGCUCCUCGGCCUUGGUGUUUGUAUAUUGCUGUGCUGACUCUAUGGGCCUUUGGAGAGAUGAGACAAGACACUUGCUCCUCUAAGCAAGAUAAUUUCAGGGAGGCAACCGCCGAGGAAUAUAUGAUCCAGAUGACACAGGCAUUGGAGAGAGACUUGAAGGACCCUAUUCAGGUAAAUGACGUGGUGGGAUUGCUGGGUGCAACUCGUGAUGCGCUGGCAAAUUGUCGAUGGGAGUUAUUGCAGGAAGCGUGUCAGGUUCUUGAGAAUUUACGCCUCUCACAUAAUAUUCAAGAAUGA